CGGCUCCCCCUCACAGCUCGGAACCGACCUCAGCAGCAGCGGCAGCACCAUGUCUGGCAGAGGCAAGGGCGGGAAGGGGCUCGGCAAGGGGGGCGCCAAGCGGCACCGCAAGGUGCUGCGCGACAACAUCCAGGGCAUCACCAAGCCGGCCAUCCGCCGCCUGGCUCGGCGCGGCGGCGUGAAGCGCAUCUCGGGGCUCAUCUACGAGGAGACGCGCGGCGUGCUGAAGGUCUUCCUGGAGAACGUGAUCCGCGACGCCGUCACCUACACGGAGCACGCCAAGAGGAAGACGGUCACGGCCAUGGAUGUGGUCUACGCCCUCAAGCGCCAGGGACGCACCCUCUACGGCUUCGGCGGCUAAAGCUCUCCGCUCCCGCACCAUUUCGAGAACCCAAAGGCUCUUUUAAGAGCCACCCACUUCAUCCUGAGAAGAGCUGUGACAUUGUUUUCCCUGAAAGGACAUCUGACACGUCUGACCUGCAAUUUCUAAAGCUUACUAAAAUUGGUCAUUAUGGACUACUGCUAAUGCUUAACAAUCAGAUAAGUGCGAUCUGACGUUUAAAUUUUGCUAUUCACGGUGAAGUUCUGUUGGCUGUGUAAGAGAGACCCUUGUUCAUGUGCUCCUUAAAUAACCGUGCAAAUGUACCCUACUAAAAAUCAUUCUAAGUGCUCUUAGCAAUUACAACAACGUGUUUUUUACCUUGCUUUAUAAUUUUUGUUGAUUUAAGCAUAAAUACCUGGAAUGCUAUUCAAUGUCCUGGACUUUUUGAUUAACUUAGUAGAUAAUCCCCUGCAAGGAAGAAAGGGAAACCAAUGUAUCACCUUAUGAAAAGUCUGUAUGUUGCUCUGAGAUUUUCUUUUUGAUAAUUUAAAAUAAACUAUUUUAUUUGCUAUAACCUGUC